AUGGCUUCAAAAAAAAGUGGUGCUGAAAGCAAACAAAGUACGCUGAUGAAAUUCGUCAAAAAAAGUCAAAGUGAAUCAAAUGAGCUGGCCUCGGAGAAAAAAACCAAAUUUGUGUGGAAAUCAAAAGUUUCAACAGCAGCUGCUACUUGGACACCUCCUUUCAAAACCAAUCCUGAAAACACACCCAGGAAAAAUGAUGCUACAAAUAUAAAUACUAAGGACAGUAGUAAAUCACCAAGAUUAUUAUCAGACCUGAAUAUCAAUAAUACUCAAACUCCACUGCUUAAAAAUAAGCUUGACAAUGUUCAAAAAGUAAGUGAUAAUCAGAGCAACGACCUAUUUGAAGCUAUGGAUGUGGAUUUCAACCCGUCCCAUGAAAGAACACCAUCACCGGUAAUAGCCAAUAGAACAAUAAGAAUAAGUGCUACACCUACUCCUCCAAAAAAUAAAAUAGGAGACAAUACUCGUAACAAAAAGUCUUUAAGAACACCACAAAAGAAAAGUCCAGUUAAAGACAAGGAUCCCUUAAAAAACCUAAACCUAGAUGGAUCAGUUUCGAAUUUACUAAUAAAAAUAUCAUCACACCCAGCCUUAAGGACAUCAGAAAAGGAUGAAAAUGCAAUGAUUGUUAAUGAGUUGGAAGAAUGUAAAUCAUUGUACAUAGAAUUACUUGAGAAAAUAAGUAGUGCCUUUGAUAGGAUUCCGAACUGUAUUAAGGAAAAAUUUCCUGGAUACGAUUGUAAAACUUAUUCUAAAAUGAAGCAUUUAAGCACUAAGUUAAAAUGUGCUAUUAAUCGAGCUGUUCAAAAAACAAACACUUUUGACUCAACAUUGAACAAAACAAGUUCACAAAAUAGCACAAAUUUAAAUGGCCAUGUAAGCUCAUCAGUGGGUGACAUAGAUGAUCUUGAAGACUUUGACAUAGACUGUAGUAAAGCUAUAAAAAGUAAAUCUGAAAGUGCACACAAUUCAUUAUUAAAUACUCCAGAAACAUCAACACCAGAUAUACUAACAUCUAAUAAAAAUCAACCUCGUAAAACUAUUUACUCACAAAUAACAACUAAGAAACCAUUGUCCUUUGAUGUGUUUUCACCAAUUAACGACAGUUCAAAGAAUUUAGAUUCAAGUGUACAAUCAGAAGCAGAAAAUGUCAGUUUAUGUGAUAGUGUUAAUAAGAGUAAAGGAAAAUUUGUUUUUAAAAGGCCUUCUAGAUUACAUAAUGGAGAUUCUACAGGUAAUACGACACCUAAUAUAGACGUGCCUUCUAAUACAUUAGAAAGAUUAAAAAUUGCAUCAGAAAAGCUAAAACCAUUAGAAAACAAAGAACAGCCGAAGGUUUCACCAGUUGAAAAUAGUUCUGUUAAGUUCCAACCUCCUCACUUCAGUAAGAGUUCUUUAAUGGGACUUGAUAAUUCCGAUUCUGUAGUCUCUCUAGUACCUCAUGAAAAUCUGACCAGUGAUGACAUGGAUGAUACAGACGAAUAUGCAAUUCCUAUAGACAUGGAUGACGAAACAGAUAUUCUACCAGAAAGCUCAAAAGCGAGUGUUAUAAAUAUAAGUGAUUCUAUUCCAAGCAGUGGUAAUAUACAAGUUAUUAAUAACAAAGAGAUACCAGUUGAUGAAGAUGGUUGGCCAGAAUAUAGGAUAGAAGAUUUCGAAGAUGACAUGGUUGCAGCUGAAAAAGAUCAAGAAGUUAUUAAUUUGAUGGAACAGUCUGUAGUCAAAGAUGAUGUGCCAACGAAAUAUGAAGGGAUGGGAGAUUUUCACGUGGGUACUCAUAAUGACGGAAUUACGGGAGAGUUCGAUGGGCUUGACUACCCGCAUUCAGCACUGAUGAUGGAAAUGUUCAAGGAGAAGUUUGGUCUCAAAUCCUUCCGACCAAAUCAGCUACAAGUGAUCAACGCCACUCUGUUAGGUCACGAUUGCUUCGUCCUCAUGCCUACAGGCGGAGGCAAAUCACUUUGUUACCAGCUGCCCGCUGUACUUACACCUGGAGUGACUAUAGUGGUAUCCCCGCUAAAGUCGUUAAUACUGGAUCAAGUGAACAAGUUGUUGUCUCUCGAUAUCCCAGCAGCUCAUUUAUCCGGCGACGUUUCGCUGGCUGCCUGUGACGAGAUCUAUCACAAGCUGUCCAUGCGGGAGCCGCUGCUUAAGUUGCUCUAUGUCACUCCAGAGAAGAUCAGCAACUCCCCCAAGUUCCAAAGCAUGCUGGAUACGCUAUACUCUAGAGGGAAGAUUGCCAGGUUCGUCAUAGACGAGGCUCAUUGCGUGUCGCAAUGGGGGCACGACUUCCGUCCGGACUACAAGCGCUUGUUUAUAUUACGGGAGCGUUUCCCCACCACCAACAUAAUGGCGCUGACCGCCACGGCCACACCGCGCGUGCGCAUGGACAUACUGCACCAGCUGAAGGUCACCAGCUGCAAGUGGUUCCUCUGCAGCUUCAACAGGCCCAACCUCGCAUACAGGAUAUUGGAGAAGAAGCCCAAGUUAGUUAAUCAGGAAAUUGCCAAAAUCAUCAAGGAAAAGUUUUUCAGGGAUUCCGGUAUAGUUUACUGCUUAUCGCGAAAGGAAUGUGAAACUUUGACGUUGGAUCUACGGAAAGUGGGUAUUCAGGCAGCCGCCUAUCAUGCAGGCCUUACUGACAAGAAGCGGGAAUCGGUUCAAGCUAGCUGGGUAGCGGACAAGUUUAAAGUGAUCUGUGCGACCAUUGCUUUUGGUAUGGGAGUGGACAAAGCCGAUGUGAGAUAUGUCAUUCACCACAGCCUGCCCAAGUCUGUGGAGGGAUACUAUCAGGAGGCGGGGAGGGCGGGGAGAGACGGGGAACUUGCUACCUGUCUCAUGUACUAUUCCUAUAGUGAUGUAAUGAGAUACAGAAGACUCUUGGACAUGGAACGCAACGCGAGUACGGAGGUGAAGAGGGUCCACAUUGAGAAUCUGCUCCGAAUGGUGGAGGUGUGCGAGAGUGUGACGGAGUGCCGGCGCGCGCAGGUGCUGGCCUACCUCGGCGAGCGCUUCCUGCGCGACGCCUGCGCGCGCGACCCGCGCACCGCCUGCGACAACUGCCUCGCCGCGCACCACUACACGCCAGUGGACGUGACGGAGGAGUGCAAGCUGAUCGUGCGGUGCGUGCGCAGCCUGGGCGCGCGCGGCGGCUUCACGCUGCUGCAGCUGGCCGACGUGCUGCGCGGCUCCAACCAGCAGCGCCUGGCCGGCCUGCGCGACGCGCCCGUGCACGGCAGAUGCAAGUCUUGGGAGCGUGGUGGUGCCCAGCGGCUGUUGAGGCAGCUAGUGGUGCGUGGGAUUCUGGGGGAGCGCCUCGUCGUCAACAACGACAUCGCCACCGCAUAUCUGCAGCUCGGACCCAACGUUGACAAACUGAUGUCGGGGGGUCUCCGCAUAGUGUUCCCGAUGAAGAACGAGCGCAAGUCCAGCCUGGUGGCGCCCGUGGCGUCCAGCUCUGGAGUGGACAACACCUCAAUAAACGCCCUCAUCAAGAGGAUCGAGGAGCGGUGCUACGCUGACCUGGUGGAGGCUUGCCGUGAGAUGGGUGCAGCUCGUGGGGCGUCAUUGGCGGCGGUGUUCCCGCAGGCGGCGCUCAAGGCGAUGUCGGUGCGCCUGCCCGAGCGCGCCGACGACAUGCUGGCGCUGCCGCACGUCACGCGCGCCAACUACGACAAGUACGGCGCCGGCCUGCUCGCCAUCACCGCGGCGUACGCAGUCGAGAAGAUGGGCUUACUGAUGCAAUACCAAGAUGAACUCGAAGCUGAGAAGAAGAAAGAGAACGACUUCGACGAAGAUGAAGAUUCGGAAACGGACUGGAGCCACGUGGCUCGUAGUGCGCAGUCCGACUGCAGUCCUGCGUCGCGCACGCGUGCCAGCAACUUCCGUGGAAAUAACUACCGACAAAGGGGCGGAGUUCGGAAGAGGUUUAAACGCAAGGGCGCAUCGGCUGCGAAGAAGAAAGCGGCCCGGGGAGCGUAUGCAGCCCGCGGAGGUGCCGGCAACAAGCUAGGCAGCAUGCCAGUCCCUCGUACCAACACGGCCGCCCUCAACACGCGGCCCGGCGUCUUCAAGAACUCCAAGCUGAACCUCAUGUGA